UCCGUUUGUUGAGUGUCUGGUGAAUGUUGGUUUUUUCUGUGCUGUGAGCGGCCUCCUAUCGGAAGAGUGGAAUAAAGAGGGCCGAAUAAAGGGAAGGUCGAAAGUAGGGCAACCACAGCAGCAAGGGAAAGAAAGCGACAGAAGUGCAUCGUUUUGUCAGUGCUUGUGGAGAGGGGAAACAUUUGCUGUUAUAUUUUUGUGUGUUAAAUUUGUUUUCCCUACAUAGUUUUUAGGUUAAAAAAUUACAAUUGUCAGCCGACAUGGCAGCGACGGGUUUGCGAGCCUCCUACCACCGGCUAAUGAACAAAAUCGAGUUUAUUUUGCCGGUGAAGCUGAGACCCUUGUACAACCACCCGGCAGGUCCAAGAACCGUUUUCUUCUGGGCCCCUGUAAUGAAAUGGGGCUUGGUAAUUGCAGGGUUAGCAGACAUGACCCGGCCAGCAGAAAAACUCAGUACCUCACAGUCAGCAGUGUUGACCGCCACAGGUUUAGUUUGGUCCAGAUACUCUCUGGUCAUUAUUCCAAAAAACUGGAGCCUAUUUGCUGUUAACUUCUUUCUGGGCUGUGCCGGAGGAUCCCAGCUUUACCGUAUCUGGAAAUAUGACCGGGAGCUUAAAGCAAAAGAAAAACAACAAAAAGAAACAGAGUCUCAUCAGUCAUGAGUGAAAAUGAAUCCUGAUCCAGGGAUUGAAAGGGAGCUAGGUUAAAUAGUCAUUUAAAAUUCUCCAGUGCCUUUCUCAUUAAGAGAAAUGGAACUAAAUAACCAUUGAGGUGGAGAUUAACGCACACUUAGAAUGAAGAAAGCACUAGCUUUUUUUAAUAUAUAUAUGUAUUUAUCAAUACAUAUGCACUGGUGUUUCUUUUAUAAAUGAAUUGAAAAUGUCUGGUCUUUUGAAUAGUAUUAGAACAGGUUUUUGUUUAAGAUUCUACACCAAUUUCCAUGGCCUGUUACUGGUUUUAAACUGUAUUAAGGAUCGUCUCCCACUAAAUAAAAAAAAUUCUCUCA